CUCUCCUCUGCUCCUUCAAACGCCAUUGUUGGUGAAGAUUCAAGGUUGAAGGAAAGUGUUUGAUAUCUCAAAUUGAUUGCCACGAAUUGUUACUCAGGCCUACACGAUUCAGAUUGACAAUGUCCCAUCAAAAAGCGAAAAUAUGUGGUUGUGGGUAUCCCGUUGUUCAAAGAACAUCGUGGACACAUGAGAAUCCGGGGAGGAAAUUUAAAGGUUGCAGAUUCUACAACUUCGAAACUGGGCAAAGGGGAUGUGAUGCAUUUGAUUGGGUUGAUGAAGACAUUCUUGAGUGGCAAAAAGACGUCACUAAUCAUCUUCUUUCAGAAAAGCAGAGGCUUGCAAUGGAGAUGAAAAUAAUUAAGGGAAGAGCUGAAUUCAUGGAACAUGAAAUGAAGAGGUUGAAUGAGGAGCAUGAGAAGAUGAAGGUGAAGUACGAGAAGAUGAGGAAGAAGGCAGAAGGAAGUUCGAAGAUUAAGAAUGAACAUGUCUACAUUCUUAUUUCUCUUUGUGCUAUUGUUUCAGUUGUGGUCAGUGCUUUGUAUGUCAUGGUGUUUGCGUAGAUUAGUUCUAGGUGAAUGCACUGAAAUUACGGGACGAAAUGUAUUAGUGCAAUGACUUUGAUGGUUAAUGAUGAUUAAUAAAGAAUUUCUU